AUAACUUGUUAAACUUUGUGUGAAAAUUUGUACUUUUUUCAUCUUUGUUUUUGUAUUCGCGCACAUACGCGUCCGCCAUGUUGGAUUGUCCUUUCCCACUCCCCGUAGCAGAGGCUCGUUCGCCGACGGAGACACGCGAGAUGUUUACAGGAGAGAUAAUUAUACAUUAAUGACUUAACCGCCUUCAUCGUCUAAAGCUUCUCAAAUAACAGAAAAGAUGGCAGACAAGGCUCCCUCCGUGGCCAUGGAGGCCGUCCUGAAGCCCAGCUGCGAGCUCCCCGAGGACAUGCCGAAGAUCCGAGGCUACGACUUCAACCAGGGCGUCGACCUGGAGGCGGUGAUGAAGUCCUACCUCACCACGGGCUUCCAGGCCAGCAGCUUAGGCCUGGCCUUCCAGGAGAUCAACCAGAUGAUUGAGAAGCGCCUUGAGCCGGCGGAAGCCGACGAAGGAAACGAGUCCAAAGAGUCGGAUGAAUCCCAACAGAAGUCAGGCUGCACCAUCUUCCUGGGAUACACCUCCAACCUCAUCAGCUCCGGAGUCCGAGAGAGCAUCCGCUACCUGGCAGAGCACAAGAUGGUGGACGUGAUUGUAACGACGGCCGGAGGCGUUGAGGAGGAUUUCAUCAAGUGUCUGGCUCACACUUACUUGGGAGAUUUUAGUCUCCCUGGAAAGGAGCUGCGCCUGAGAGGCAUCAACAGAAUCGGGAAUCUCCUGGUGCCCAACGACAACUACUGUAAGUUUGAAGACUGGCUGAUGCCCAUCCUGGACCAGAUGUUGCUGGAGCAGAACACCGAGGGAACUCGUUGGACUCCUUCCAAGAUGAUCCACCGUCUCGGCAAAGAGAUCAACAACACCGACUCCGUCUACUACUGGGCUUACAAGAAUAACAUCCCCGUGUUCAGUCCUGCUUUAACGGACGGAUCUCUGGGCGACAUGAUCUACUUCCACUCGUUCAGAAACCCCGGUUUAGUUCUGGACAUUGUAGAAGAUAUUCGCAGGUUGAACAGCCAGGCGGUUUUCGCCAAGAGGACGGGGAUGAUCAUCUUGGGCGGAGGGCUGGUCAAACAUCACAUCGCCAACGCUAACCUCAUGAGGAACGGUGCGGACUACGCGGUCUACGUGAACACGGGUCAGGAGUUUGACGGCUCCGACUCCGGGGCCAGACCCGACGAGGCCGUGUCCUGGGGCAAGAUCAGGACCGACGCCAAACCUGUUAAGGUGUACGCCGACGCCUCGCUGGUCUUCCCUCUGAUCGUGGCCGAGACUUUUGCUCGACGCGCCGACAAGCUGACGGCCGGCACCAAGUCCGAAUAAUCGCUCGCUGCCUUAGACGCACUCCGCUCCCUCUGGCUUCUCCUCCGUUUGUCUGAAUGAACAGAGCAUCCAGCGCUUCGUUCCUCUCCCGACAGGAGACGAUGCUUCCUGUCUGAAAACGUCCCGUAACAUUGUUUACUUGUUUAAACAAGUACAACGUGCCGAUGCAUGAGCCACAAAUAAGAGGCCGUCUGGAAAGCUGCAAACGAGAAAACACACUCGUAUUUAAAGGUUUGAUGAAACGAGACGAACCUCAAGAAAUCAGUGAUUUCUUUUGGUGUUUAAUUCAAGUUUAGUUCAAUAUCCCAGGAAGCUGGAAGGGAUGGUCAUAAAAUCAUAGUUUCUUUUUAUUAAAUCUUUAUUUAAGCAGGUGAAAAAACACAAAACAUCACAUAAAGAUGAAUAAAUAGAAGUUUAUUCAUGAUAUAUUUGACUGGAUGUUAAGGGUGAAUGUAGCUACUGGUUUACUUCAGUUUAAACUUAUUUUUCCUGUAGUUUCUCGUCUUUCUUCUCUUCAUACUUUUUAAAUCCAGUCGGCGUUCAUCGCUCCUCUGAUCUCAUAGAUUUCUAUGAGGAGGCUUCAGGGAAAUGGGAGAGGAUUUUAUGAAUGGACAUCGGAUCUUUCCCGUCCACGUUUUAAACUAACAGACUUUUCUGUAAAACCCAGUCGUCCAGGUCAUGUUGUGUCUGAAAACAAGUCUGAAACAGUCAGAACCGAACUCGCUGAGUUCCUCGAAGACGUUUCGUCCAAAUCUUUAGUCCUUAAAGUCUGGUGAGGAGUUUAAAUAGGAAACAGAUCCCGUAGAAUCUGUUAUUCAUUCAGCCCUCGAGUCUAGAGUUAUUAAAAAAAAAAAAGAAGAAAUGAUGCAGCUUAAUGUGAAUUAUUAGUUCGUCUAAUUCCUGUUGAAACUUAACUCCCGACCAGACGUGGAUUUUUUAAGGUUUAGAGAAAUAUCUGUGUCUUAUUUAUAGGUGGUGUGUAGAGUGCAUGAAGUAUUAAAGGAUUUAUUUCUCUAUUUUGUUUUUCUUUAAUGUUUAACUAUAUAAUUAACAGAGCUGUAUGAACCGUAAACUCAAAUAAACCUUCCGUUUUCCUCA